GUGGAAGGUAAGCGUGAAGCAAAAAUUCACAAGACAACAUGCAAGAUGAAUUUGUUAACAUCGGUGCUACGCCAACACACAUUGCUACAUGGGGUAUGGGAAAAAAGGAAGAAAUACAAAAUUGUGAAGAACUGGUACUUCUUAUUCCAGGAAACCCUGGUUUGAUUGGUUAUUAUAAAGAAUUUUUAGAUACCGUUUAUAAGAAUCUGAAAAUGCCGCUGUGUGUGAUAUCACAUGCAGGACACGAAUUACCAACGGGCAGUGAUACUACAGUUGACGGACAGCAGUCUUAUGAUCUUAAUUUUCAGACUCAACAUAAAAUAGAAUUUAUAAACAAAUAUGUACCAAGCAACAUCAGGCUGUAUCUUGUUGGCCAUUCCAUCGGGUGUAAAAUUAUACUGAAUAUGUUGAAAAAUGAAGACAUAGACAAGCGGGUGGUUAAGUGCUAUCUUUUAUUCCCUACAGUUGAGCGAAUGGCGGAGUCACCCAAUGGAAAAUUCUUAACAAAAUUUGUACUCCCCAUAGUACCCAUAAUAUUGUUCUUAUCAUGGAUAUUCACUUUGUUUCCCAGUAAGAUACAGUACUGUCUACUGUACUUGUAUUUUUUAAUUCGUGGUUCAGGAAGUGAUGCUUCUGAUGUUACCAGACAAUUAAUUAAUCCACAGAUAUUGAGAAAUGUUUUUUCCCUAGCUGAUGAUGAAAUGAAUACAGUGCAAGAACUCGAUCAUCAUGUAGUAGACUUGCACAAAGAUAAGCUGUUUUUCUACUAUGGUGCAACAGAUAACUGGACACCUGUUAGUUAUUUUGAACAGUUGUUAAAACUUCACCCAAAUGUAAAAGCACAGUUAUGUAGUAAUAAUUUUGAACACGCUUUUGUGUUAUCAUCAGCAAAUGAGGUGGGAAUGUAUGUAUCUGAAUUGAUAAAAUCUGACAAACUAAAAUGUAGUGGCAUAUAGUAAAAAACUUUUUUGGGGAUUAUAGAUGGCAUAUUUGCUUAUCAGAAUUAGCACUGCAAGGAUUUACUCAAGUCACUGUAAAAUAUAUAUACAAUGGUACACACUAUGUUCAUUGCACUUGUACCAAGAAACACUACUGGAAGUAGGAUAAAGAAAGCAAUAAAUUAUAGGUGCUGCACCAGUUUAGGACUGAUUUAUGUUUACUUGUAGCUCAUAUUUUGUUUUUAUUCAUUCUCCCAAUUUUGUGUUUUGCCUUGCCAAGUCUCUGUAUUCGCAGAAGCUCCACAAUAUUGUAAUUUUUUCCCCAAGUGUGAAUUUUUUUCAACUAUCCAUUUUAUCACAGAAAAAUUAACUUCUGACAUAGUAGUCAUUGAAAGAAUGUUGGCCAUGAUUUUUUUUUUUCAUUAAGUUUCAUCAAUAUUUGGACAUCAAUGCAGAUAUCCUCAGAUCUUUGUCCUAGAGAUGUGAAAUUAUAGUGAGUUUUGUAUUUCGGUAACUUAAUCAUGUAGAUGGAUUGUAUCACUGUUGUGAGUAUUUGUAAGGCUAGAGUAUUUUGUACUUCUUAUGUUUAGCAAAUAUAUUUUUAUAGUUUUGUGAGGAUAAGUCUACAUUAUUAUAAAAACUACUAAUUGGUAUCAUAUUGGAUUGGACAUAAGUAAUUUUUAUCCAGUUUUAACCACACAGUGCCAUAGUUGUACUGUUGAGUAUCAAUAUUCGGAGGAUAUUUUGUAUGGUUCAUAAUGGAAAAACACUAUUUUACAAAAUAAUUUGCUGUAGAUAUAACUUAAGAUGGAAAAAGCCUUGGGUUACUUGCUUGUCACAAGAGUUGUGAGGCUGGAGAAAAUAAGCAAACAAGUAAGAUUUCCAAACAGAAUCAAAUACCUAGAUGCUAGUACUCCAUAAAGAGGAAUGAGCACUAAAAAUGAGAAAAGAUGGAGGGGAAUGAAGAGACAUUAUUGUAAUUUGUUCACAGCAUCCUGGAUGAGGACUCCAUAGUUCUGGAUUGGCCAAAACUAAUAGAAAUCAGUUGGCUUUGGUUCUGAUUGUUUAGUGUGUGGCUGCUACCAACAUUGGCGAUAUAACAAUGCAGUACCUGUAUGUACCAUAACAGUUACAAAGUGAUCAUUGUGGCAUUCCAUGUGAAACCAGUAAAUUCACGUGUAGAGCCAGACCUGUGUGAGGAAAACACAACAUGUUUCCCCUGCACCCCCCACCCUCACCCCCAUUCCCCCACCCACCCCUGCCCCCUGAAACUUGGCCAUGGCAUACAGAAAAAGAUACAAGUAACUAUAUGUUUAAAACUCUGAUAUAGAGAAGGCUUAAAGCACUUUUUUCUUUUUGUGUUUUUAUCAUAUUUCACAUAAACAUUGCACAUCAAUGAAGGAGGAUAUGUCAGAAAUACUUGCAAGUAAAAAAAUAUACAUUUAUUUAUUGAAGACAAACUGACAUUAGUAGAAGAUAGUUUAAACUUGUUAAAUAAACAAAAUGAGUAACACAGGGUAAGGCAGGAACUGUGCAGCUACACUCAGAGCUACAAUGUUGCUCAUACAGUCAUGUUUUAUUUCUAUAAUUAAAUUUGUCAUAAUUAUACCACAUGAUUCUUGUUCUCAUUGCAGAAGAUGUUAUUUAUGCAGCAUCAUCACAAUUGUUAUUAGUGAUUAGUAUGUGUUAAAUAGUUAAAUUUUUUGAUCAACUAAUUUUAUUGUUUUCAAAAUAAGAUGCAUGCAUGGUGUCUGAAAAAUCUUACAAAUGGGGUGAAAUCAAAGAGUCCCAUGUGUUGCAAAUGUUAAAAAAUAUCACAUUGUCAAUGAAAUUUGGGACACAUCCAUAUCAAUAUUUAUGUAAGAAGAUGAGCCAUAUCAGCAGUCUUCAUGCCUACAUCAGGGCUUUAACACACCUCCCGAGAGCAUGAUUCCUCAUACUCGGAACCAAUUUACUGGAAAUGUGCUCUUUGGCCUAUCUUAUACAACCCAGGUGUGGAGAAACAGCAUUGUGCAUGUCCAUGUUAGAUAUGUUCCAGUUUUGUGUAACUAAUUCAUUGGUCAAUCACUUGUCCAUCAUCAUACAGCUUUUGUCAUGCACCACCUCUUCCAAAAGUAUAUUACCAAAACAUGAUAUAUUACAGCCGCUGGAAUAAUCGGAACUCUCAGCUUGUAAGGUUCAUACCAAGUAGGGGUUAUUCUUGGAUUACUGGCACAGUGUUUUAGUGUUAACUUAUAUAUUCUGUACAUUAAUGAGAAAAUUAGUGUUAUUGGGAAUAACAUGUGGAAUAAAGAUGUACAAGCCUCAUUUGUCUUGAUUAAAAACAAGGCACUCAGUUUCCUUUUGUAUUCAAGUCAUCUUUCGCAAGUCAGUGCAGGAUUUGCAGUUUAAAUAGAUGAAAUUGACAAUCGAACCUCCUCCAGAAUGAUUUUUAAUGGUUGGAUGGAGAACUUACUACUGCUGAUUUACUCCAACAAGCAUUGCUGCCUUAAUCUUGUUUUCACUGUGAGACUCCUGACCAUAACAAAUCUGCAGCAGAUAGCAGAUUUUUGAAUUUCUCCAUAGUUGGACCAUGGCAUUGUGGCAUAAAGGCUGCUGUUUGGGAUGGUAUUAAUUGUAUUCACUCAUGGUCACCUCACUUUGAAUAAUCUUCUCAUUAGCAAAGGAAAAUUAUUUCCACACACCAGUCUUGUAACUGCACUUAUUGCAGAGAAGCUUAUGGUGCACGAGUUUUCAAGGGACCCUGUCUGAGUUAUCAUGACUAAGAAACUUAGUCAUUAACCGCUGCACAACAAUUUCAUAUUCAUUUAUGUAACUAUUCAAUCUCUAUAUACAACAGCCUAAUAAUAGGUUAAUACGUGAUAUUUGGCAGUAUAUAUAUAUAUCAUACUGUCAAAGGUGAUAAAAAUUACUGAACAUUCCUGUUGGUGCACAAAUUUUUUUGUGUACCAUUCUUAAAAUUCUGUGAUAUAUGCUUUUAUAUUUCAUAUUUUUCAUGUCUGAAACAUUCUAGACAGAAAAAAAUUGUUAAUUGUUGUAUUUUUUAAAUAAAUUAUUUUAUAUUUUUA